AGCCAGGAGGGGGGCAGAAAGAGGGCUGGUGCUUUUUUUCCCCCAGGGAGGGCCUGGGGGGAGAGGGUUUGGGCACCUGGAACCCGGCAGAUCAGCCAGGGAAGGCCAGCCCCAGGGUGUGCCAAGCACAGGCAGCCAGCGGCGGACAGACGGGGUGGGAAGGGAGCGUGCAAGACCCGGAGAAGGAGCCUAUUUUGGCUCGAAAGGCAGCGCACUUGGGACACUGGGAAAGGCGUGGAAAGGCUGGCGUCUUGCAUGUUUGUGCGCUCCGGGAGGGGAAAGAACCUCAUCACUUCCACUCUGGGUGAUCACAAGGCAGGCAGGAGGCUGCGUGGGGGAGAGACCCUGUGUGUGCACCAGGAAGGGAGGAAGGGAGGAAGGGCUGGCUCCGGAGUGUGCAGGAAAGAGAAAUCACUUGGAGUGUGAGAGAGUUAUAAAGAAGUUGUCCAGCCCUGCUUUUGUGGGACAGUGAGCAUCCCUCCCAAGAAGCCGGUGGAUUAAAGAACUUGUGUGGACACCCAGGAAGGAGAUGACCAGCCAAGAGGGUGCUCACUUGAUGUAGCCCCUUCCCAUAGCUGCAGCUGGACCUCCUAGGCUGCAGCCAGAGACCCCGUGGACAGUGCACCCAGUCUGGAGGGAGCCCACCUGGAGCAUCCCCAGCGUCCACCUAAGCUAGCCCCAUGGCAGCAGAGGUCCGACUGAAGAAACUGGAGGAGCUGGUCCUUGACCCCAGGAUGGUGGGCUUGGAGACCCUGGUGGACCUCCUGCUGUGCGUGCAUCAUGAGCUGAGCACUUCACCCCUGGCCCAGGAGAAAUACAUCACGGAGUUCCUACAAUGGGCGGAGCCACUAACCUCCAGACUGAAACAGCUCCGGCUGCAGCGAGAUGACUUCGAGAUCCUAAAAGUGAUCGGCCGAGGAGCUUUCAGCGAGGUGGCAGUGGUGAAGCAGAAGAAGACCUCUCAAGUGUAUGCCAUGAAAAUAAUGAAUAAAUGGGACAUGUUGAAACGGGGAGAGGUUUCCUGCUUCAGAGAGGAGAGGGAUGUCCUGGUGAACGGAGACAAGCGCUGGAUCACGCAGUUGCAUUUUGCCUUCCAGGAUGAGAACUACCUGUACCUGGUGAUGGACUAUUAUGUUGGGGGUGACCUCCUGACCUUGCUGAGCAAAUUUGGUGACCGCAUCCCGCUGGAGAUGGCCCAGUUCUACUUGGCUGAGAUGGUGAUGGCCAUUGAUUCCAUCCACAGCAUGGGCUAUGUGCACAGAGACAUCAAACCCGACAACAUCCUGCUCGAUCGAUGUGGGCACAUCCGGCUGGGGGAUUUUGGAUCCUGUCUCAAGCUACGAGAAGAUGGGACGGUCUGUUCCACAGUGGCAGUGGGCACCCCGGAUUAUCUCUCCCCGGAGAUCUUGCGAGCACUGGAAGAUGGCGUUCAUUCCUACAGCACAGAAUGCGACUGGUGGUCUCUGGGCGUUUUUGCCUAUGAGAUGUUCUUUGGCCACACCCCCUUCUUUGCCGACUCUGUCGUGGAGACCUACGGGAAGAUUCUGCACUUCAAGGAGCAUUUCCGGUUUCCCCUCUCGGCCCCAGAGAUCCCCCCAGAAGCCCAGGCCUUGAUCGAAGGGCUGAUCUGUUCCCGGGAGACACGCCUGGGACGUAACGGAGUCCAGGACUUCAAGGAGCUCCCCUUCUUCGUCGGCAUCGAUUGGCAGGGCCUGCGGGACUGCGCCCCGUCCUUUGUGCCCGAGUUCGCCAACGCCACCGACACGUGCAACUUCGACGUGGUGGACGACUGCCUCACCGACAUGGUGAGCGGGGGAGGGGAGACCCUGUCGGACGUCCUCGAGGCCUCUCCCCUCGGAGUGCAGCUUCCCUUUGUGGGGUACUCCUACACUUACACGGCUGUGAAACAGAAUCAUGCCGAGGGACGAGACCGAGGUCCCAUCGCCAUGGAGGUGGAGGCUGCUGGGAAGAUGCCCUCAGGCGAAGCGCAGGAAACACCUCUGGAGGAGCUGGCACGUAAACUGCCCGAUGGGCAGAAGCUGGACCAGUCCAUGUUUCUCGAACUGCAGGCAGCCUUCGAGGAGGAACUGAAAAGCCGGGAGUUGCUGUGUCAAGAGCUCAGCGUGAUCAAAGUGGCCAACCAGACUUUUGCCAGCCAGCUAAAGGACGCCGAGAGCCGAAAUGUGGAACUGGAAGCUCAGAUCAAACACUUGAAGGACCAGAUGGCAGCCAUGAAAGCAGCGCACGAGGAGGCUGCUUUAGGCUGGAGCCCAUCCUGGCCCCCCAACCUCACCCAGCCUUUCUUCCACUGCAUGGAACGGCCAGCUCAUCAAAGUGGCACCGCGGCAUCCCGGCUCUGUGAAUACCCGCUUGUGGUACCUCUGUACCGGCACUUGCUGCUCUUUUCGAGGGUACGUAGACCCUGCAUCGUCCACGUGGGAUACCUGCUCCUGUGCAACGGUGGGCUGGGACUGGAUGCCUCCAACUGGGGCCGAGCGGAAACCGUUUGAACACUGGCCGGGGCAAGGAAGAGCCGGGCACGCCAGCUGCUUGCUGCUGCCCCAGCAAACCCUAGAAAUGGGGACAAACCCCUUUGACGGAGGACUCCCUUGGGCCAAGAUGGCAAGGCCAGGCCCCUGAGGUCCAGCUGCCCCUCUGGUUCUCUCCUGGCUGCUCUCUUUGCUUCCAGAGGCCAAGACCACUGACCCACCGUCCCCAUGGAGAACGCCAGGGGAAGCAGCAGGAGCUGGAGUCAACCCAGGGAUCCUGCUUUCCAAACAUCUUUGCACUCUCUGUACAGACCCUCCUACAGAAAACACCUCCAUCUUGGAUGGCACUUUGCGGUGAAAACAUGCUUCGUCCCCCCCCCCCCAAAGGCUGUUAGGGGCUCCCAAAAGCUGAGACGGAGCUGCUGUGCCAAAAUUGCUUCGUCUGGGAUGCUGCGAUUCUUCCCACCAGGCCGCUGAAAAUGAAUUUUCAGCUGGCAAAACAAAAGUUUCUUCCCGUGACUUUUGCCGUUCCGGUCACACGAUGGGUCAUUCUGCACCUGAUGCCCCUUUGGGAGAUGAGGGUUGGGAGGGCCAGUGGCAGGAGAAGGGCAUGCCUUCCUCGGUGACCCACCAGAAGUGGCAACUUCCCAAUGAGAAAGAAGCACCCACCUGCCCCGGUGGGCUUGCAAAGCCCGACUCUUUCAGAAUUAGCCGAAUGGGGCACUCGGCCAGCUGUAACGUGGGCUUUCCAGUCGUGCUUCGAAGUUUGGCUUGAAGGCCAGAAAAAAAAAAAAAAAAAAAACCUACCCCCCUGCAAGGCCUUAUGGUGCCCAUGGACUCCACAGGGGGGGGAUGCGAGUUUUAAACCGCCAGACACUAUUUUUAUCUGCACUUGUCCACUUUGGAACCAGCCAGUUCUGCAGCACUCCAGGGUUCAACCCACCCACUUGUUAAUAAGUUAUUUGGUAAUGGCGAGGCGAUGUGGCAGCCCUUUCUGCCUCAAAGCUGGAGACCCAAGUCUCUAGUCCAGUGGUUCUCCACCUGUGGGUCGGGACCCCAUUUGGGGUCGAACGAUCAUUUCAUGGGGGUCGCCAAACAAGGCUGUCCGCCAUUUUUCCCCCUUUUCUUUGGCCACGCCCCUGGCACCCAGUGAUGUAUAAGUGGUUGGGGGUCACCACAACAUGGGGAACCGUAUUAUGGGGUCGUGGCAUUAGAAAGGUUGAGAACUACUGCUCUAGUCCCUACGUUUGGAAGAUUGUAUGCAUGUUUAUAUAAAACAAAAGUGCAUGGAAGCAAAACCUAGCUUAUGUGUGUGGGGGGGCAAACCGUUAGUUUAGCGUCUUUCACUUAAGCCCCUCUGGGUGUCUCUCACUUUCCACACCCCCAUAUUUAUUAUUCCCUCCUCCGUGUAACGUGGCGCAUUGGCUGGGUGCAAGAAGACACUGUACGUUCUGCCACUCCUGAGUUGAGGAUGUUCUCUUGUUUUUUGUGUGUUUUUUUUUUAGUAGGAAUAAACUCAGAUUAUUUCCUGCUCUUUGUGGGAUGGCUGUGACA